AUGCGUCUACUCUCGCUCCUCGCACUUACAUUAUCCUCUUUUCUGGCCAGAGCACACUAUGCGCCCGAGGCCGAGGAUGUCUUAGCACUAUCUACUGAUCAGGAUGGUGCCCACAUUGACGCCAAAGAGGUUCCUGAUGGUACCUGCGGCAGCGCUAAGUCGUACGCCGGCUAUGCUAGAUUCCCGCCAAAUUCAAUGAAGGGGGUUAAACAUGACUAUCCCAUCAACACAUUCUUCUGGUAUUUCAAGGCGAAAGAGAAUGCGGAAAUUGCCCCCCUGGUUAUCUGGAUGAAUGGUGGACCUGGAGCCUCGUCUAUGUUCGGACUCUUUACAGAAAAUGGACCCUGUCAUGUCAACCGGAAUCUUACCACGAGAGACAACCCCUGGGCUUGGAACAAAGAGUACAAUGUUUUGUAUCUUGAUCAGCCAGUCCAGACCGGAUUUAGCUAUGAUAUCCAGACGCUUGGGGUAUUAAAUUUGACAACAGGAAACAUCAUUCCUAAUUAUUCCGGGCCGCUUGGACAUACACUGAUUCCCGGAAAUUUUAGCAGCCAGAACGUUAACUCGACGGCCAACACUACGGAGAACGCCGCACGGCAUUUCUGGAAUUUCCUCCAGCUCUGGACAGACGAAUUUAAGCAUCAUACCACCUCAGACAAGUCUAUCAGUAUCUGGACAGAGUCUUAUGGUGGGCGUUAUGGGCCAAGCUUCGCGGCAUAUAUACAGCAGCAGAACAGCCGCAUAAUUGACAAGUCACUUGCGGCGACACCGAUAAAUCUGACUACACUGGGUAUAAUCAAUGGCUGUAUUGAUCUCCUGACACAGGAGACAUCCAACCCAGAGUUUGCGUAUGACAGGAAUCCAUAUGGUAUCGAGGGCAUAACUCGUCAGAACUUCAGUGAUGCCCUGAUUAGCUAUUCCCAGAAUGGCGGUUGUCUGGAUAAGAUUCAUGAAUGUCAUCACCUUGCCGAUGCCUUUGACCCAAACAUGUACGGGAAUAGAACACAAGUCAACCAAGCAUGUGAAAGUGCUAGCGACUUUUGCCAAAACGAAGUUGAGGGACCUUAUAAUUUCCGAAAGAAAUGGGCGUUUUACGACAUUACCCACUGCUAUUUGGACCCUUUCCCAGAGAACUUCUUUGUGGAGUACUUGGCAACUAAGAAAGUGCGAGAUGCAUUGGGCGUUCCAGUCAACUAUACUGAUAUAUCAAAUACCGUGGGAUUGGCAUUCAACCUAACGGGGGAUUACGCUCGAAGAGACACAAAGGGGUAUCUUGAAGACAUUGCAGGUCUCCUGGGUUCUGGUAUUCAGGUAUCCUUGAUACAUGGCGAUCGCGACUUUGCCUGCAACUGGAUUGGUGGGGAGCGCGUCAGCCUGGCGGUGGACUAUAAGCAAUCUGGGAAGUUUAGGCAGGCUGGGUAUGCAGAUAUUACCACCGGGUCGUCAUCGGUUGGCCAGGUUCGUCAACAUGGGUUGUUCUCAUUUGCUCGUGUCUAUCAGUCGGGACACAUGGUCCCUGCCUACCGUCCUCAGGACGCCUACAAGAUCUUUAUCAGAGCUAUGCAGAAGAAGGAUAUUGCCACAGGGAGAAUCCCUGUCACGAGAGACUACUCUACGGAGGGUCCCUGGAACUCCACCACUACCUUGAAACCAGAGCCAAUGCCAUCGCCAACAUGCUACUUGCGCGGUUUACCAUCGACGUGCGCAGACAAUCAAAUCGAGGCGGUGAAGAAAGGAGAAGCUAUUACCCAAGAUGGAAUUAUCAUAAAGCCCGAGUUCCCAAAGGAUGUCUGCCCGACACUGCCUGCACGUCAUUCAGCGCUGAACUAG